AUGGCAACCUCUGUGAGUAGCACAACAGCACGACGGCACGUACUGACCCGAGAAGAAAACUGAACUUCUGGCCCCCCUGCAGACCACCUCUGGGACACCCGCCUCGACCACCCCAGCGCCAUCUGCUCCUGCACCGUCGUCGUCCACGUCGACACCGGCAGCGGCCAAGUCCGAGGAUGUAUCUCAGAAGAAGGGUGCUGGUGUCAAGUCGUUCUUGUCCGGUGGAUUCGGCGGUGUCUGCUCCGUCUUGGUUGGUGUGUUGGACUCGUUCCCGCUGCUUUUGCCCGGGCUUGAUUGAUCGUCGUCGUCGGUGUCGUCGGUCCCGGGGCCGCAAGCAUCACGGGCUAUAUAUAUUACGGCGCAAGACAUAGCCGGACGUCGACGACCGACCCCGGCUUGCGAGGGCCCAGCCGCCUCGAUAGGUUCCACCAGAAUGCAAGACUGACCCCAUCCUAUCCCGGGCCACACAUGCAGGUCAACCCUUUGAUCUGACCAAGACGAGGUUGCAAACCGCUGCACCCGGUCAGUACACGGGUAUGGUCGAUGUCGUCAAGCAGACGAUCGCACGAGACGGGUUGAAGGGGUCAGUCCUACCCCCAUAUUCAUCUGGUCAUCCUGUGCCGUGCCUGAUCUGACAUAUUCUAUGCUCUCCACAGCUUCUACCGAGGCAUGGGUCCGCCCCUUGUCGGUGUCACCCCCAUGUUCGCGGUUUCGUUCUGGGCAAGUCUUUGAGACGUCACCACCGAUGUGUCUCACAUCGGGCGGCUAACCUCUCUUCUCUAUCUUGCCUGCACCUGGUAUACUCCCCCAUUCUUCAGGGAUACGCAAUGGGAAAGAAGAUCGUCUACAGCUUCACGCCCGAACGAACGUCGCCGAACUUGUCCAACGCCGAGCUCGCCUUUGCCGGUUUCUUCAGUGCCGUGCCCACGACCCUUGUCGCAACCCCCGUCGAGCGAGUCAAGGUUCUUCUCCAGGUCAGUAUCGAUCGAAGGCACGGUGCGCACUUUCAUAUGUGCCGUCGCUCACUUGGUGCUCGGUCACUCUUCGUCCGCAGAUGCAAGGUCAAGGAGGGAAGCAGAUGUACAGUGGCCCGCUCGAUGCCGUCGCUCAGUUGUACAAACAGGGUGGCAUCAAGUCGAUCUACCGAGGAACGGGUGCCACCCUUGCCCGUGAUGGACCUGGUUCAGCCGCGUAAGUCGUGCGAUCGACCGCCACCGAGUGCUCUGCUCGGAGUUCGGUCUCACUGUGUGCAAAUGUUGUUGGCAGCUGCUGACGCGGAAUUACGUCCCCGUCUUCUUUUGUUCAACAGCUACUUCCUUGCGUACGAGGCCAUCAAGAAGAAGCUCACUCCCGCUGGUCAGGACCCGGCUCAGCUCUCGCUCUCGGCGGUUGUCGUCGCUGGUGGUUUCGCCGGUGUGACCAUGUGGACGUUUGCCAUUCCCCCUGAUGUGAGUGAACUAACGAAUUACCCGUUGAAUUGGAAGAGAACUUUGCUGAUGGGUGGGAUUGUUAAUCUCCGGGCGGAUAGGUCAUCAAAUCGCGAUUGCAAGGAGCGCCUGAGGGCACGUACAAGGGCUUCGUGGACUGCGCGAUGAAGACGGUGAAGAACGAUGGUGCUGGUGCUUUGUUCAAGGGUCAGUCCCGCUUUUGGUCCGAUCUGUGUGUGUGUCUGCGUCUCCGCACGGAGCUGACUUGUCGCAAACUUUCGUCCUGAAAACAGGCUUCGGUCCUGCCAUGCUCCGCGUAAGCCCAGUCCCAUAGUUGCCCAACUAGUAUCUAAUGCACGAGGCUCACUUCAAGUUUUCCUUUCCGUCAUUUUACAGGCCUUUCCCGCCAACGCUGCCACUUUCGUACGUCUUGAUGAAGCAUUCGCCUCGCAGUGCUUUUUCAAACAUCGCGAUACUCGAACUGAUACUCGUCUCCUUGCGUACAUAGCUCGGUGUCGAGCUCUCGUUGCAGCUCAUGAACAGUCUCUGGUGA